AUGGCACGACCCUUCCAGCCUCGUGCGGUCGGAUUCACCACGAAUACAACACCCUAUAUCCAUCCUAGACAGGACGACGGCUCGGGUUCUCAUUCCAGAGGGUUUUGGGUUGGUGUGGCCUUCUUUCUGGUCAUCACGCUGUCACUGGUGCUGAGAUCCUCCUACCUUGCGGAUACGUACCGGUUUCGGCGCUGGAGAGCCUGCCUGGGACUUCAUCCAGCAAACCAACCUCCCAUAAUUCACGGCCCAAGUCCCGACUGGCGGUUUACGACUAUCAAGCGGCCCGAAGCUGCCUAUAUUGGGUGGAGCUCUAGCGACACUCUACCUUUAUACGAGCCUACAAGCAACUUCAGCACCGAAGUUCUCGCGGCGCUGAUGAGAUUCGGUGUCCAGCCGGGAAAACGUUCGCCUUCAUACCGGUCGAGACUGACCUGGGAUCUGGAGGCGGCUGUUGGCGAAGGCUUGGUGGAACAGAAUCGCAAACGUACACUUCAGCCGUCGCCCGAGCAGAUCGAGAUCGAUCGUCAGAAGAGUGGUGCGAAGAACAGGGCCAUCACAGAGUCGUCCAGCUGA